UCUGAAGGAAUUUUAGUAGCAGUAAAAGAAAGUCGGAUGUGGCAAUAUGGUAUGGCAGCGCGACAGAACUGGCGCGGUGAUUCGUGUGACGUGUGCGUCCAGAACGUUCGUUGUUGUUGUUUUGUUGGGUGUGGUACCGUGGAACUGAAAUGUGGAUUUGAGGUAUGGAUGAAGAGUGGGCUCGAUAUUCGUGCGUUUAAUACAAGAUUGAAGAAGAGAACGUUUCAUCAGCGGUGGGAUAAGAUUCAAGCCUCAACAUGGAUGGAAUGAAAAAGGAGUCGAAAACUGGAGGUGGAAAUGACGCCGCUUCUGCCGCAGUCGCCAUGGUGGGUGGAUACGGGUCGGGCCUGAUGUUGGCCCCGCCGGUUUUUACCAAAGACAGUGACCCGACCACCUUUUUCAGCGCCUAUCGGAGAACAGCUCGGGCCAAUGGGUGGCCUCUGGAGCGGCAGUUGGACUUGCUGCCUGCGCUGUUUGCCGGGGAAGUUUCGUGGGUUGCUGACGACCUGGAUCGGCAACGACCAACCUCCCUGGAAGAAGCAGAAGUAAGGGUGAGGGCGCUUGUGUGGCCUCGUGAACGUCAGCAAGUCAGUCUGCACCGCUUUUACGAAGCCAAAAUGAAGAAAACCGACGAGCCCAGGACUUUUGUGACACAACUCCGGAGCCUGCUCAAGGGAGGCAUGCCAGACAUACCAGACGACUCUAGAGAGAGAAUGAUCAUGGAACAUCUGCCAAGGGCGGUGCCCAGUGAAUGGCAGCUGAAGUUGCUAGAUUCGGAUGCCACCACAGUGGAGGCCUACGUGAGGAGGCUGGAGCGUCUGAAGACCUCAGAGCAGCUGGCAAGGGAGAUGCAGGAGGAGCAAACCAGGAGUGCAGUGCCUGUGAGGUCAGUUGCUGAGCCGAGGAGGAGCAAUAGUCGGGGUGGACUGUGCUUCAGGUGUGGAAGGAGGGGCCACUUUGCAGCCGCCUGCAGGGGGCCACCUCUCUCUGCGCCAGUUAGUGAAUCGAGGCAGGGAGCAGGACCAAGUGAGCCAAGGCAGGGAGCAGGAUCAGCAUCGUGCUUCUUUUGUGGACAGUCUGGGCAUCUUGUCGCCAACUGUCCGCAGAAGGGUCAGCCUGCUCAGCGUCAGCCCGUGAAGUGCUUCAGGUGUGGAGGCCUUGGACAUUUUAGCAGACAAUGCCCAAGUGAUGCUGGAGCCAACAGACAGGGUGGGUCACGGCGAACAGAUGUGAGGAGAGUCACCCACUCCAGAGUGUCUGAGCUGAGAUGUAUCGUGGAAGCUGAGGGUAAGACAGUGGCAGCAGUUGUGGACACGGGCAGUACUGUCAGCUUGAUCAGGGCUGCUCUUGUGUCGGACCUCUGUCUGGAGUUGAGUGUGGAAACAGCCCCUGGCUUAGUAGCAGCUAAUGGUACUGAGGUGGAGGUGCUGGGAACUGUUGUAGUGAAGCUGAGUCUGGCAGGGAAGGAGAACGAGCACGAGCUGUAUGUGGUGGAAGACCUCACCGAUUCUCUUCUGCUUGGCCUUGAUGCUCCCAAGAAGUGGAAGGAGCGGCUGCGCCAGGAGGAGCCGGCGCGCCAGCUACACCAGGAGCAUGGACACCAACUGUACCAGAUGCAUGCACACCAUGUGCACCAGCUGUGCCAGGAGUGGGGACGCCUUCCGCAUCAGGAGAAGCGGAAGCACCUAGAAGUGUACCAGAGACAGCAGUGCCAGAAGGCGCAGGAGCGACAGUCCCAGAAGCAAGAGUGA